CUGUCGAACUGACCGCUGCUGGACGUUGGUUUAUAUGGAUGAAUUAUUUCGUGCAUUCGAUUAUGUACACCUACUACGCUAUAGUGUCGACUGGCAUACGAUUACCUAAGCGGCUAUCGAUGACUGUCACCGCCUUGCAAACAACGCAGAUGCUCAUUGGUGUUGCGAUCUCUGUCUAUGUGUUAUACCUCAAACUAAAUGGCGCGGUGUGUCAACAAUCUUUCGAUAAUCUUGCCAUUUGUUUUGCAAUCUACGCAUCAUUCCUCAUCUUGUUCUCUAAAUUCUUUAAUUCGGCCUACCUCGUGAAGAAGAAGCAACAACAACAGCCUAAGCCGGUGAAAACCGACUAAAA